GGCGGAAUUCAUUUAGUUCGGUUUCUCUUCUCAGGCCAUGCGGUUCACAGUGUGGAUAUACUUAUUCGCGAUUUGCGGAUUGACGCCUCCCCUUCUCGGGGGAGUGGUGCAGGAGACGAUGGACAUCAUGCAGACGAUCAACCACGUGACCAAGACGAUCCUCAAGGCCUGGGACAUGAUUGAAGACGUUCCGCUGGCGGAGAUCACGGCCGGAAGCUUAAUCUACUCGCGGCAGAACCAGUUGUUGGAUAAGAUGUCUGAGGUCAAUGCGAACAUCCUCGAGCUGGAGGAGCAGCAGGUUCGUAACAUGGACCUGACCAUAAAGGCGCUGCGGGAUGUGUGGGAAAAAACAGAGCUACUCUACCGGAUCAGCCGCUUGAACGACCUGACCACGCUAAUAAACCUUCGGUACAACCAGCUGAGCGACUUCGAGCAGCACCGCGACACCCUGGAGCCGAUCACCCUGCUCAAGUUCACCCAAUGGAACGUCGAUCCCAGUCCCAACUCGCUCUCCACGCAGCUGGAGCAGCUGCACGCCAGCCUCUACGGCAGCGGGCCCUUUGCCGCCGAGCAGGACUACUCGCAGACGCUGAUCGCGCGGCUCACCGAGAGCUUCCAGGCCUCUCCGGAACAUAUGUGCGUGGCCAAGCAGUCCGCCCAGCAGUUUGCCUUCAAAGUCUUCGCCAAGACGGCUCUGACGGAGCUGAAGGCCUACUUCAUGAUGGAGUUCUCCUGGAUGGUGCAGCGGCAAAUGGGGCGCGGAAACUUCACCCAGGAACUACUGCUCAUGCGCCAGAACCACCGGAAGCGGCAGGACGCUGCUCUGGAGAUCCUUCGGCAACUGAUGGGCAAAACUGGCCGCCGCUACUGGCGUUGUGAUCCCGCCAAGGAUAGGCAUGUGGAGGGAGAGACGUUUGCCCGUGUCACUCGGCUGCUGCAGGGCUACGUGGAGAACGAGAUCAACCUGAACAGCGAUCAGUCCUGCUGGAACUCGUGCGACGACUACCAUGACACUCUUUCGAACGGCUGCUACCAGCCGGAGGAGGAUUUGUGUGGCCAGCAACCCCCCUGCAAUGGGAGACUCUACAACUGUGCCUUCAUCGACUCGGCUCUGACCAUUUGCCCAGCCUCAGAGAACGGAACCCGGCGCUAUGAAUACAUCCACUACGGGGACGGCACCUCUCUCGGCGGGAAAAGUGCCGGCUGCAAAUCAAAGGAAAAGGAGGCUGCCUCCUGGUCACGCUGGGUCGUCAUGCGCUGCCACUACUGCUUCUGCCUGUGCGACGAGCCCGGACCAAAGUCCGAUCGCUACUUCAAUCUGCGUGCCAGCAUGUCGGAUUUCAUGCGCAACCGGAUCGUGACCGGAGUGCGCUUCGUGAAGAGCCGAAGGGUGUUCCAUCUGCAACUGCAGCAGGCACAGCUCGUGCCCUGGGGAGCCAUAAACACAAGCACUCUGGAGUGGCUACCUCUGGACGACUACAACGUGAGUGACGCCGACAUACGGAACGACUACGAUUACCACACCUUGGGCCCGGACAGCAGAUCCCUGGAUCUGGACGAGAUUGUGGCCAACGCCACGGACCAAGUAGUCACAGGCGUCCGGUUCCGAAUCAUCAACAAGCAUCUCAACCUGGAGGUGCGCUUUACUCCCUUCAAUUUCUCCACUGGCCUGCUUGUGGAGCCGCAGACGAUGAGUUUCUGGCUGGGGAACAACAACUCCCAUGUCGACGGAAAACGCCAGAAGCUAGUUCUCAAGGAGGCAGAUCUGCCAACCGCCUCGGAGAUGCCAUCGCUGCCGCUCUCCCAGACCAACCAGUACAUGGAUUUCGUCAGCUCCAGUCGGCAGAAGGACGUGGCCCAGAAUACGCUGCCCUUUAUUGACAUCCAGGAGGUGGUGCCCCACCCCGCUGUACCGUUGUCUGGACUGGGAAUUUUCCAUAAAGGACGAUCUGGGUACGGGGGGUUCUUUGCUCCCAAGGUGGUGACCUAUGACUUGGCCAAACACCUAACUGAGCCGCGAAAGUGAGAGGUCAUCCUAAAUACGACCCAAAAAUAACUUUGUAAUUUAGUUUUUAAAAACAUUAUAUAUUCACAAAACGA